AUGCGCGCCGGGGCCUACACCAUCCACCAGUCGCUCACCGCCGAGGCGGCCGCGGUGCUCAAGCUCGCCGUCGGCCUCGCGCGCCGCCGCGGCCAUGCGCAGGUGACGCCGCUGCACGUCGCCUUCGCGCUGCUCAGCUCCGCCUGCUCGCAGCCGCUCGCGGGGGGCGCCGCCUACGGCCUGCUCAGGCGCGCCUGCCUGCGCUCCCACCCCGCGGUGCCGCCCGCGCAGCACCCGCUCCAGUGCCGCGCGCUCGAGCUCUGCUUCAAUGUCGCGCUCAACCGCCUGCCCAACUCCGGGCCGCACUCGCCGCCGCCGUCUUCGGCCGCGCCCUUCGCGUCCUCGCUCGUCCAGCCUAACCCGGCGCUCUCCAACGCGCUCGUCGCCGCGCUCAAGCGCGCGCAGGCCAACCAGCGCCGAGGCUGCGUCGAGCUGCAGCAGCCACCGCCAUCCCCCGGCCCGGUGCAGCACCAAGGCGCGCAGCAGCAGCAGCCGCUCCUCGCCAUCAAGGUGGAGCUCGACCAGCUCAUCAUCUCCAUUCUUGACGACCCCAGCGUAAGCCGCGUGAUGCGGGAGGCGGGCUUCUCCAGCGCCACCGUCAAGAGCAACCUCGAGGAGGAGAGCGCGCUCAUGAUGUCAUCCUCGUCUUCGUCCCCUCCUCCGCCGGUCAUACCUCCACAUUUCUUCCUCGACCACGGCAGCAUUGACGGCUGCGGCUUCGGGAUGUGGCCGGCACAGUUCUUGAGCUCGCCGGCCGUGGCCGUUCCGUACUGCAAGGAGGACGUGAGGGCGGUCUUGGAGGUGAUGGUGCGGAAGCAGGGGAGAAGGACCAACCCCGUCGUCGUCGGCGACUCGGUGUCGAUGGCGGAGGCCGUGGCCGGCGAGCUGCUGCGGUGCCUCGAGCGCGGAGAAGUCCCCGAGGAGCUCGCCGGCGCGCACCUGCUCAAGCUUCAGCUCUCCUACGUGCACGUCCGGCUCAUGAGCCGCGUCGACGUGGACGCCAAGGCCGCGGAGCUCCGCCGCAGCGUGGACGCCGUCCAGCGCGGCGGCCUGGUCGUCUACGUCGGAGACCUGCGGUGGGCGCUGGACGAGGAUCCCGCCGGCGGCGGCGCCGACCACACCGCGUCGUCGUACAGCCCCGUGGAGCACAUGGUGGCCGAGCUUGGCCGGCUCCUCGACGACCUCCGCGCCAGCGCGCCGCCGCGAUGCCGCGUCUGGCUGGUGGCCACGGCCAGCUACCAGACCUACAUGCGGUGCCAGCACCGGCGUGGGCAGCCAUUGCUGGAGUCCGCCUGGGCGCUGCAGGCCGUGGCGGUCCCCACCGCGAGCGGCACUGGGCUGGCCCUCAACAAUCUCCAUUCUUCCUCCUCUCCGAGCAGUGCGACUGCGAUGCAGCAGGCCAUGGCGACCAGGCAGCUGCUUGCCCAGAGUCCUGUGGCAAUGGCAGCCGAGCCAAUGGCGCUGGGAGGCGAGCAGGAAGACAAGCUGAUGCUGUGCAGCGAAUGCAACAGGAGCUACGAGAGGGAGGCGUCCGUUGUCAAGGCAGAGGCUGGCACCGAGGGCCUACGCUGCAGCCUCCCGGCCUGGCUGGUGCUCGACAACAAGCCACCGGCCGAUCAUCAAAUGCCACACCAGGGCAACUAUCUGAUCGAACUCAAGAGGAAAUGGAGCAGGCUGUGCAGAAAGCUUCACCUGUGGCGCAGCCAGCAGCAUGAUCCGUGCUCCCCUUCUUGCUUUGGUCCUGGCAUAUCUGCACCUCCAAACUCGUGGUGGCCGAGUCCUUGCCUGCUGCCGAGCAGCCAGAGCACGCCGAGCAUUGCAGGCUUCUUGGGCUUGGAGGGACUGACGGAGCAUUCAAGGAGCAACAGCAGGUGGUCACCUCCAUCGCCUCUGCCUUGUCCGGGCCUCAUGGAGCCAGAGCGCCCGGACGUGAAGACGACGCUCGCUCUUGGCACCCUCCUCCCACUCUCGGACACGGCCACCUCCGACGGUCGUGCUCAGGGGAGCCACGAUGGAGUGACGCAUGAGCUGGAGCGGCGGCUGCGCAAAAACAUACCGCGCCAGCCAGUAGGCACCGUUGCGGAGAUCGUGGAGGCGGUCGCCAGCAGCCGGAGCUAUGGAAGGAAGGGCGUCUGUCUGUUCUUCAAGGGGAGCGACCACGCUGCCCAGCAACGGGCGGCGGCGGUGAUCGCCGAGACGUGCUGUGGCUCGGCCGAUCAGAUCAUAGCCGCGGAUCCCAAGAAAUUCAGCUGCGCCGAGGAUUUCUGCUCCGAUGUGGUCUCGAGGGCGUGCAAGCUCAGUUGCGGCAGGUUCGUGCUCGUCAUCUCCGACGUCGAGCACGCGCCGCGGCACGUUGUCGAGUGUCUCGUGGCGGCAUCCAUGUGCGGGUUUAUCAAGGACCAUUUCGGCCAAGAACUCGAUCUCUCUGGAUCCAUCAUUAUCUUCACAACAUCAGAGCUUGCAAACCGGGCCACCGACGUCAUCAGCCUGCGGUUAUGGUCGUCGUCGUCGCCCGGCGAUGUCAAGAGGAAGGCAGAGAUCGAGCCACCACCAACAACAAGGGAGUGCAAGAGGGCACGGCACGGCUCCAGCUCCGGCCAUGGCAUCGACCUUGACCUCAACCUCUGCGCCGGCAACGACAGUGACGACGAUGCUGUUCCGAGCGACAUCACCCACGAGAGUGACAGCAGAGAACACGGGGACUUGCACCACCUCCUCGAGUCGGUCGCCACCGGCGUCCUCGCCCUUGACAAGGACGCCGACGCUGACCAGCGCGCCGCGGCGACCAUCCGUGAAGUGCUCGUUGGGGCGCUCGGCCGGGAGGUGCAGCUCGACGACGAGGCGGCCGAGGCUCUCACCGCGGCUUCUGGACACUUUCUUGACGAGGUGCUGUGGAGGUGGGCGGUGGAGGUGUUUGAACCGGCGGCGGCGGCGGCAGUGGUGGAAAAUGGCGGGAAGGUGGUGGUAUUGGGGAUGGGGCCAGGGGGCGGGGCCCAGGUGUCAGGGUUCAUGGGCUCGGCCCUUCCAAGCAGGGUCCUUGUAGACUGA